AUGGAAGUGAAUGAGUUUGCAUUUAUUGGAACGUUUGGAAUGAAGAAGAAUAUCUCGAAGUAUUUCAAUUCUAUUAUGAGACUUGGUCACAGAGUCUUGAAAGAAGUGUUUUUCAGCGGACUGAAACUAAAUAGACAUCAAUUAAAAAGAUUGCUAGUCUCUUUCAAACAUGUUCAACGUUUCAGAGUACUUUUAUCCAAGCUUUGAGUUCCUUAUGUGUUUGAUCUUUCUCAAGCACUUAUAAACACCCAGAUUGAAAAGAUACAUCUCAGAUAUUGAGGAGACUCAGAAAGUAGCUAUUGGGAGAACAACCCCCAAGGAUUUAUAAAUUUAAUCCAAAGCCUUGCAACCUCAGACGAUUUAAAGCUGACUCUCUCAGAAAUAAACAUUAGUCAUUGCAAAAUCAGUUGAGAUGAAGCUAAACAGAUUUUGCAAGAUAAUGGUCUUGGAUCAGUACAAUUAAUAUGUUAGUUC